CUAGUCGCCGGUUUUCUGCAUAUGCAUUAUCAAACCCAACUGAUGAGUCUUGUGAUUGGAGCCGGCUUGACGUUUGCAUUCUCUUUGGUGUAACCUUACCAUUUUGGCGUCCCAAAAAUCGAAGCCCUCACUGCGAGGCGCGAACAGAAAAUGGGACGUUAUGGCUUGUUCCUCCACGAGAACGAUGGGUACACCGGCCGCCGCCGGCCGCCGCACCGGCGGGAAAACCCUAAACCCCUAUAGUGUCUCCCGCCUCAUCCGCCAACAGAAGGAUCCCGUUGUCGCCCUGAAACUCUUCGAAAACCCUAACCCUGACGCUGACCCAAAGAAACCCUUCCGCCGGAGCUACCUCUCCUAUGACCUCGUCGUGGAGCGGCUCGGCCGUGCUCGUAUGUUCCCGGAGAUGGAACGCGUCAUCUCCAUGAUGAAGUCGGAAUGGCCCCGGUUCGUCCCCAAGGAGCCGCUGUUCUGCAACGUCAUCCGCUCUUAUGGCCGAUCCCGGCUCCCGAGGCCGGCGAUCCGCACGUUCGACUCGAUGCCGUCCUUCGGCUGUAAACGGACGGCGCGAUCGGUUAACUCCCUCCUCAAUGCCCUCUUCAAUUGCAGGCAAUUCGAGAAGAUCCGCGAUCUUCAAGACGAUCUCAAUUCCCUCUGCGUCCCCGAUGCUUGCACCUACAAUAUUUUGAUCAAAGCCUGCUGUUCUAACGACUCGAUCGGCGAAGCGAGAGACUUAUUGACGGAAAUGAUCGAGAGGAGGAUCCGGCCGAACGGCGUCACUUUCGGAACUCUUAUCUCUUACUUCUGUAGGAGGUCGGAUCUGGACGCGGCCUUCAGAUUGAAGGAAGAGAUGUGGAGAAUUCACCAUAUUGAGCCGACGCUCGUCGUCUACACGUCUUUGAUUAAGGGCCUGUGCGUGGCGAACGACCUUCCCGCGGCGUUCAGGCUCAAGGAGGAGAUGGAGGCAAGCGGGAUCGUGUCGGAUGCAGCGGUUUACGCGACGCUGAUGACCGGACUCUUUAGGUCCGGGCGUCGCGAGAAAGUAGAUGCGGUGAUGAAAGAGAUGAAGGCAAACGGAUGCGAAGCGGAUACGGUUUUCUACAACUCUAUGAUCAAUGGGUUCUGCAAGAAUGGGGAAUUCGACGCGGCCUUCUCCACAUUUGAUCAAAUGGUGAGCAAAAAGCUUAAACCCGAUGUGUUCACGUUCAACACUUUGGUCGGUAGCCUCUGCGCUGCGGGGAGGGUGAGGGACGCCAUGGACGUGUUUGAGGAUAUGCCGAGGUGGGAAUGCCUGCCUGACGUCGUCACUUACAGGAUGGUUUUCGAUGGAUUGUGCGAUGCAGGGGAGCUUGAGGAUGCUGCUUUUCUUCUGGACGAGAUGCUGUUCAAAAGUUUUACUCCUCAUGGUGUGAACUUGAAGAAGUUCAUUGACUCAAUCUGUAAAACCUGCAAUUUGAAGCUGCUGGAAUCUAUUCUAACUAGCGUCUCUAAGAGUUCUGCAGCUGAUUUGCCAAUGUGGGAGGUGGCGAUUCAGAGGGUUUGUGGGAACUGUGACAGGGACGAGCUGUGCAGGCUUCUCGAUAGUAUUGCAGAAGUAUGAAGACGUUGGUCGGUGUGGGAUCAUAUACAACUAGUUUAUUAAGUACAGAGCAGUCCCCACAACUCAUGACGAGGAAGUACUGAGUUGAUCGGGAUUGUAAAUUGAUUAAAAAUCUGAACAACUUGACUUUAUUACUCUGCAAGAAACGGUCUUAGUGAGGGAGAGGACAUGAGCUGUGGAAGAAGCUAAAUUGCAGAAGAAUGUGCCUCGGAGCUGGCAAAGUGAAGAGGCGUGCCAAAAACUAAAUUAGAGUCAGACAGAUCUCAUGUUUGGACAGGAACAGAGAAUUAGUUCCACCACUUUCACUGUUCAGGCUGUCGUUGGGAUGCUCUGCUUUUGGAAUUCAGCCAUGUCACAACAAGGGGGAGGAAUUUAUAAGUAUUGGAAUGGAUGGUAUUAAGUUAAAGAACAAGGGAAUCCCUCUCCACAACCAGUAUGUCAGCGCGGAGUGCCCAUUAUGACAAUUUUUUUAAUUUUUACUCGCUGCAGGAAGCGGCUUAGGGAUGCAUAUGGUUUAGACAAAGUACAGCUGCCCGCAUUGGAAGUCGGGUUGGGCUAGGAACUUUACGUUAGAGCCAUGCUAGAGCGACGCCAUUUGCAUCCUUAGAAGUGGGCAUGGAAGAUUGAACCCAUAAUCUGUUGUUAGUAGCCCGAGUAUUUUACCAUUAUAUCAAACAGGCUCAUCGGUUUACUCAUGGCAAGCUUAUUCCUUUCGGCUUAAUAUAAACGUCGGAAAUCUUCCUCUGGUAAUUCCUUUCAAAGAAGUGCUUCUACUUGCAGAUUCGGAGGCACAAACUUGUUAUCUCUUUAUUAAGCAAGAGAUGGGAAGGAGCUGGCAGCUUGAGUACUUUUGCUAUUACACCAUCCACAUUGGGAGGCAGAGUACUUGUACUAUUGCAUAAAGCAGUGGCUCGGCCCAUGUGAUUAACUGAAGUAUUAUGUGGGUGGUGUCCAUUUAAAUGCUCUUGGUAUAUUAUAUAGCUGAGUAUCAUUUUUGCUAAAGUGAGUUGAUUACAUAAAUGGGACGUAGCCAGAGGAUGUCCAUGGUCACGCAUCCUUACAUUCACUGCGUGUUCAAAACCACCUUCUUGCGCAACUGUUUGUCCGCUCUCAGGAGGCGGGUUAGUUUCGUCCACCAUAUUGGUGUUCACAAAAGGUUUAACGGACUUCUCGGAUGUUAUAGCGAACAGAACAACAUCAUUUCGUUCCAUUGUACUUGGUAAGAGUUUUUCCUCACUAAUCAAAGGUUCUUACCCUUCAAUGGUGAAAA